UUCAGAAGACUUUGGACGUUUCGGAAAAUGAUCGAUGUACGAGUGCUCGGUCCAAUUGGGCUUCGCCUUACUAUCCCGUUUUGAGGCCCAACGAUAAUACAAGUCGAGGGAAACCCUAAUCGGUGGUGAAGAAUGCUUUGGUGAUUAUCGUUUCUCUUCGAUCGGCGCAAGGGGCGAUCCAGUUUUCUGUAACGGUAUGCGUGGUGAUCAAUCGUCUUUAAUCCUCUUAAUUCGCAAGCCCACUUCAAAGCUUUUGAUUGCGGCUAAAUCGGGUAUAAAUAUGUUAUGAUCUUUACUUUCCGAGAGCUUAUGUGGAUGGAUUUUCUCCUGGUGUAUGUAAACGUGAGUGUGUUUUUCUGAUUUCGUUUUUUUGUAUCGAUCGUUAUAUGUUGAUAUUUACCGUAUUGAUGUGAUUCCGGUUAACCUGAAAGUCGAGAUUCACAUUCUUCGUCUUCCCAAAUCGAGUGGGUUCUAUCUCCCAAGUACUUCAAUUUUCCAGUUCCUAACAUUAACUCAUGAUCCAUAUGGGAUUUUCUAAGUUCGUGGGCUUCCUUCUUAUUCGAGUAUUCAAGCUCUUUCAGAUACGUGAUGUGUGGUUACCUAUAAGCUCAUUCUUUGCACCCAGCCUCUGGAUUAGCUAUACUUCAUAUUUGCACCAGUUGCCUUCAUACAGCUUCGCAAAGCACACAACUUCCCCAGCCUUGCAUCUUGGGGCAUCCAAAUCGCAGCCAUAUGCUGUCUCUGCUCUAGACAAGACGAGACUCUGUGACCAUCUUCUUAUUCACUAUGAGUUCAGUCUUGAUGUUUGGUCACGGGUUUUUUCAAUGUUCAAUCACCCGAAUGUGCGUUUCCACAACUGGAGUGAGGUUCUUUCAUGGCUUGAUUACCAUCCUGUGUCGUUUGGCUUCUCAAGCAACAGUCUAUCACAUAUGGAAGCAACGAAACAAUACUCUCCAUAAUCAAGUCUCGCUCACUGCAACCAGGAGCGGACCCAGAAAAUAAUUUAACAUGU